AUGCAGACCUUUGGCGCAUACCUGGUUGCGCUGCUGGCCGCCAGCGCCGAGCUCGCAUCCGCCCUGCCUCAGCCCAUGGAUAGGGUCAGGAGCCGUGGCGGCCAGACUCUUUCCGUGCCUGUGAAGCGCAACACAGUCUCCAAGAGACACCCUGCCGUGGCACUGGCCAAGGUUUACGCCAAAUAUGGCAAGGAGAUGCCUACCCGCCUCAAGACCAUUGUGAAGGCUCACCGUGCUGGCGUUGGCAUGGCUUCGACCAAGCGUUCCACCACCGAGGGCUCUGUCAGCACAAGUCCUGAACAAUAUGAUACUGAGUAUCUUGCCAACAUCCAAGUUGGCACGCCAGCCCAAACCCUUCCAAUGGACUUUGACACUGGCUCAUCCGACUUGUGGGUGUUCAGCAGUGAGACUGCCACUUCGAGCGUCUCCGGGCAGGCUAUCUACACUCCUGGCAAGAGUUCCACGGCCUCAAAAAUGACCGGCUCCACGUGGAAAAUCAGCUACGGCGACGGAUCAUCAUCCAGCGGCAAUGUUUACACCGAUACCGUGACCAUUGGCAACCUGACCGUCUCAUCUCAAGCCGUUGAGACGGCGACGGAUGUGUCCUCGGAAUUCACGUCUGACUCCGCCAUGUCCGGCCUCGUGGGCCUCGCCUUCAGCUCCAUCAACACCGUAACUCCCAAGGCUCAGAAUACGUUCUUCGACAACGCCAUGCCCAAGCUGUCCCAACCCGUCUUCACUGCCGACCUGAAGCACGACACCGAGGGCAGCUACAACUUCGGGUACAUCGACUCCAGUGCCUACACUGGCGAUAUCUUCUACGUUGAUCUCUUCAACAGUAGCGCUGACUACGCCGGCUUUUGGUCGUUCCAGUCCACGGGUUAUGCCGUGGGUGACGGGUCUACCAGCUCGAGCUCUGGCACGAGCACCACGGGCAGUUCGGGUAGCUCGGGUAGCACGGGUAGCACUGGCACAUCGUCUGGGUCUGGAUCCACCACGACCGGGGGUUUCGGCGGCAACAGUGGCUUCGGAAGCGGUGGGAGCAGCUCUUCCAGCUCCGGGUCUUCGAGCGAUGGUUUCGGUGGCCUGGGCGGCUUCUUUGACACGUUGCAGGAGGAGAGUGAGAGCAGCGAUUCCGAUUCCAGCUCGGUCUGGGCCGGAUGGUUCAAGAAGCUCAUCCGCAAGGACAGCACGCAGGCUCGAUCGGCACCUCGCUCCGCACCUUCAACACGCCAACACGCCCCUGUCACCGCCGGAACCGCCGGCAAGCGCGCCGUCUCGCUCACUUCCGCCUCCAUUACCGGCAUUGCCGACACCGGCACAACGCUGCUCAUGCUUCCCGACGAGGUUGUCUCGGCAUACUACCAACAGGUGUCCGGCGCCGAGGACAGCGAGCAGGAAGGCGGAUACGUGUUCUCCUGUGAUGCGACCCUGCCUGACUUCACGUUCGCCGUGGGAAGUGGCCAGAUCACCGUUCCUGGCGACUACAUCAACUGGGCGCCGGUUGAUACCUCAAACACGACAUGUUACGGAGGUCUCCAGUCGGAUGCGGACAUUGGAAUCUCCAUCUUCGGAGACAUCGCGCUCAAGGCGGCCUUCGUUGUGUUCGAUGGCGGAGCCAAGCGACUUGGCUGGGCCGCGAAGACGACCUCUUAG